AUGGAAAACAAUAAUAAGGAUGGCGAAGAAAUGGGGACCCGGUUUGACCAGACCGACAUGACGCGCAUGGGUAAAAUCCAGGAACUCAAGGGCCGGUUUAUUCUGGACGUACAUGUGGACCUUUGCUGGAUUCGGGCUGAUUAUUCUAACAAUGUCCGAAAUGGCCUCAAUGCAAGUGAAACUCUGAACUUACUUGAUAUCUCAAUCGGGUCCCCUACUUCUGGUGGUCAGUACCACUGGGUUUCCGAACUUGCAUCUUCCCACUAUCAACGUGUUUUGAGCUAUAUCACAGGCUGGAUGUCGGUGCUGGCAUGGCAGGCUGGCGCAGCGUCGGGCUCAUUCCUGACCGGCACGAUUAUACAAGGGUUAAUCAGUGUGAAAGACUCAACUAGUUGGAUGCCCCGUAUUCAAAACCUGCUAUUGGCAUUACACAUUCUUUGCUUUGUGAUAGUCAUAACCGUCCUGUGGGCAAUGGCUCCACAGCAACCUGCGCACGCCUUAUUCCUAGAAUUCAGCAAUACCGGUGGGUGGUCCAGUAUGGGAUUGGCCCUAAUGGUUGGUCAGACCUCUGCCAUUUAUGCCGGACUCAGCUCCGAUGCCACGGCCCAUAUGGCCGAGGAAGUUCGCGACGCCGGUAGAUAUGUGCCGAUCGCUAUCAUCUGGGGCUUCUUUACCAAUGGCGCCAUGGCUAUUGUCCUGGUAAUUACCUAUCUGUUCGCCAUGCCAUCCCUGGAAGAUGCCCUAGACGACCCAACCGGCUUCCCUUUUAUCUAUGUUUUCAAGAAUGCAGUUGGGACUGCGGGAGUGAAUGACCUCACGGCCAUCAUCCUCAUUCCUGUCAUUUUUAGCAACAUCCUCUUCAAUGCGUCAACAGCGCGCCAAACCUAUGCGUUCGCUCGUGACAAAGGCCUGCCGUUUGCCAAAUGGAUCUGCAAAGUCAAUCCGAAGCAGAAGCUCCCUGUGAACGCUAUCGGACUAUCCUGUGUCAUCAGUGGCCUCUUAGCCUUGAUUAACAUCGGCUCCGACACGGCUUUCCACGCCAUUAUCACCCUUAACGUGGCAGCACUCAUGUGGACAUAUGUGGUAUCAGUCGGUUGUUUACUAUAUCGCAGACUGUCCUGCCCAGAAACACUACCUCCACAACGGUGGAGCAUGGGGAAAUAUGGAAUCUGGGUGAACGCAGCAGCCCUGGUGUAUGUAGUAUUUGCUUUCUUCUCGCUUUGGCCCACCAGUACUCCAGUCACCCUCACCACUUUCAACUGGAGCGUGGUCAUUUUUUUAACCGUUUUUUUCAUCAGUGGGGUGAUGUACAUUAUCAAGGGACAAAAGGAAUAUGCCGAGCCGGUGAUAUCUGUCAGACGCGACGCAAUGCCACAGGCUCUGGUCAACCGACAUGGUAUUCGCCGAGAGAUUUAA